AUUGGCCGGGCGGGCGGGCGGACUCAGGCUGCGCCCAGCCCCAGUGCCGCGGAGCGCAGAGCCGGGGAGGAGCAGGCGGCGGCGGCCGGAGCUGGGGGCAGCGCGGAGGGCCCUGAUACCCCGGCAGAUGGACGUCAUGCUGCCUGAGGGAGACCCUAAAAGGACAGGGGAGAAGGUCAGAAGCCAGGAGCCCGGAGAGCAUCCUUCAGUCACGCUCUUCCGAGAGUACCUGAGACUCAAGACAGUCCAGCCCGAGCCCAACUAUGAUGUGGCCGUGCGGUUCCUGGAGCGGAUUGCAGCCGAGCUUGGCCUGGGGUGUCAGAAAGUGGAGGUGUGCCCGGGCCGGGUUGUCACCAUUAUGACCUGGCAGGGCACGGACCCGCAGCUCCGCUCCAUCCUGCUGAACUCACACACGGAUGUCGUGCCGGUAUUUGAGGAGCACUGGACCCACGAUCCUUUCGAAGCCUUUAAGGACUCUCAGGGUAACAUCUACGCCCGCGGGGCCCAGGAUAUGAAGUGUGUCUCCAUCCAGUACAUCGAGGCCAUCCGGAGACUGAAGGCCGAGGGGAAGCGCUUCCCCCGAACGGUUCACAUGACAUUCGUGCCUGACGAAGAGAUCGGGGGCAGCAAGGGCAUGGAGCUGUUUGUGAAGCGGCCCGAGUUCCAGGCUCUCAACGUCGGCUUCGUUCUGGAUGAAGGCCUGGCCAACCCGACAGACGCCUUCACUGUAUUCUACGGGGAGAAGUGCGCCUGGUGGAUUAAAGUCAAGUGCGAGGGGAACCCAGGCCAUGGAUCCCGGUUCAUUGAGAACACGGCUGCUGAGAAGUUGAACAGAGUGAUCACCUCCCUCCUGCAGUUCAGAGAGAGCGAGAAGCAGAGACUGAAGUGUGAUGAGCACCUCACCCUGGGCGACGUCACCUGCCUCAACCUGACCAUGCUGAGUGGGGGCGUCUCCUUCAAUGUCUUGCCCUCAGAGCUGUCCGCCACCUUCGACAUCCGCAUCCCGCCCACUGUCAACUUGCAGGCAUUUGAGGAGCAGCUCACAGCCUGGUGCCGGGCAGCUGGAGAGGGUGUCACCUACAAGUUCUACCAGAAAUACAUGGAUCAGACAGUGACCUGCACCGAGGAGUCCGACCCAUGGUGGAAGGCAUUCAGUGGGGCCUGCAGAGACAUGCACAUGACGCUGAAGCAUGAGAUCUUCCCGGCCGCCACGGACAGCCGCUUUAUCCGAGCAGCCGGUCACCCGGCCCUUGGCUUCUCCCCCAUGAACCGGACCCCGGUGCUGCUGCACGACCACAACGAGUACCUCAACGAGCAGGUCUUCCUGCGGGGCAUCGAGAUCUACGCCUGCCUCCUCCCCUCCUUGGCCAGCGUCCCCCCUCUGCCGGCGGAGGGCUGAGGGGCACAGCAGGGGGUGGGGGAUACCAAUGCGAGAGACGGGGAGUGAAAAUUCAUGGGGGCAAUGGACAUACAGGGGCUGGGGUAAGAAGCAGCUGCCUGGGGUGGGCAGGACUCCAGGGUUCCUUGGUGGCAGCACCAUUUGCAGAACCACCCAGCUGUGCCAGCCCAGAGGGGCAGCUGCCUGUUGUGUCCAGGGGGAGGGGCAGCUUGUGUCCCUGCCUGUGCUCCAGGUGCUCUGGGCCUGUCCAUGGAGCCCUAUGAAAUUACACCCAGUGCCCAGCUUUCCAGCCCAUGGCUCUUCAAGCUUGGGGGUGGGGGAAAGGCUGCACCCCGGGGGCAUGACAUGCCAGGCUUUCUCCCAUUGCUUGCACUCGAGGUGGGGAAUACGUCUUGAGUGUCCAUGCCCCCAACCCGGCAUUUACCUCCUCUGGCUCCUGGAAGGGCCCCUCACCACAUUGCAGCAGUAACGCAAGCCUUCCCCUCCCAAGCAGGGAAGGCCUGGGUCCUACCCACCGGGGUCUAUGCGGGGUGGGGGCAGGGUUCCAUUCCCCAUGCUGCAUCUCUCCAUCCCAACCCCUCCCCGGCCCCAGAGCCCCUCUCCCUGCUGCUUCCAGCCCCAGAGCUCUGCAGAGCCACCCCCAGCUUCCAGGGAUUGACUGGGGGUAUGGGGCACCCCUUGGGGAGCCUGCCCCUCCCUUGGGCCCCCCUUGGCUCUCCCUGGCUGCCGAGUGGCUCUCCCUGCUCCCGGGGCUAAGCAGCACCACUUGCCCCAGGCAGGGCGGGGAGCUGGAAGUGGGUGUAGCUGCGAGUGUAGCUGUGGGUGGACGCAGGCAUUGAGAGCAGGGUAGCUUAGUGGAUAAGGGACUGGACUGGAGCUCAGGAGACCUGGGUUCCACUUCUGGCUCUAGUCCAGACUCCCUGUGUGAUCUUGGGUGAGUCACCUGAGCUCUAUGUGCCUCCGUUCCCCGGAUCAUCGUACCCCCCAAACCCCUGGCGCGCUGCUCUCAGACCCUUGACUGGGUGAUGCUAUGUACCUGCUGCCUACUGUCAUUAAACCACCAGCUGGAGGGAGGUGGCAGGAAAGCUGCUGGUCUGGCACCUCCUCCCAAGUGCCCCAGACUGUCACUGCCUAGCAAAGAGGGUUUGUGCCAAUUUCUGGCAAAGACAGGAAACAGCUCUGAGCUGGCAGUAGUGGGUCUGGCUCAGCAGGGGGCGGUGUUUCCCAGCCAUACUGGGACUAGCAGCAGGGCCGUGGGGGGAGGGGGUGCCCAAGUCCCCUGGCCGUGUGACCAUGCUAUGAAUUUUCAUUCCUUGGGGCAGGGCCGCUGGGCGCAGCGCUCUGCCCAUGUGGGGGUGGUGGUGGAGUUAAUUGCUGUCUUAAUGAAUCACUGCUUUGGUGAAUGCAAAUCAGAGUGCAAUGCGUGGAUGGGCUGCUGCGCGUGGUAGCCUGGAGUCCCAGGCCGGAGGACUGGCCCUGUCUCAGGGGGUGGAGACGUGUCUUCUAGCACAUCAGAAAGCCUCAAUGGGGACUCACGUUCCAGAUCCCCAAUCCCCAGCUCCAGCUCUCUGGCUGCGGCCCCAUCACCCAGGUGGGAGCUUGCUGCAGUCAGGGGCCGGUGGCUACGAGCAGGGGCUUGAUGCUCAGGGACAAUGUGCCACCCUUGCCUUCGCCCGCCUACCUGCAGCACCCCAUUGCCCCUCUGUAAGCCAGUCAUGGAGCGAGAGAAACCUUGAUGCUCCUGGCCAGGCCUCUGCCUGGCGGAUGGGCAUAGGGAGUUUGGCAUCCUGCUGCAGGAUGGGACAAAUUCCAAGGGGCAGACUGCCAGCCUACGUGGUUAGGAUGGGCUGAUGCUGAGCAGCUCCCUUGCGGGGUCUGGGGAAAGUAGGGGACCCACAGAGGUCUCUCCUCAGGUGUGUUUGUGAGGGGGGGGGUCAUCCCACCCACGCUCCCUCACCUCAAUGUUAACACCAGUUGCUUGGGCUGGGAGAUCAGGUCCAGUUCUUUGCUGAACUUGUGCCAAAGCUGCCAGCUGUCGGUGUGUGUCUCCACGGUGCUUGUGAUUUUACUAAAUAAAGCUGUUUGAUUGGAAAGAA